UUCUUACAACGAAGAUAUAAGAACCUACCACCAUUCAUACUUGUCCACUCACCAUCCGAACAACGCAAAAGGCAUACAGUUACCAAGCACACUUCUCUUUGCCAUUCAUCCUUAUCAUCUUUUCCCAAAUCCACAAAAUUCUUGUUCCCCAUUCCCAACUUUUCAAGAUGAAGCAGUCCAUCAUCGUUUCUAUCCUCUCCAUGGCUAUGGCUGUUUCGGCAGUGCCUACAAGCAUUGCGCCCACGAACAACGGAAAUGUAAACCAAUGCAGCGGCGGAAACAACAAACAAGUGUGCUGCAACAACGGGUUGCUCGGUCUCCUGACCUGCAGUGUUCAGGUGCUUGGUGGCGCUUGUGAUGGCUCGGUGACUUGCUGCAACACCCAGGCCGCAGAAGGCGUUUUGAUCAAUGUGCAACUACUCAACUGUGGCCUCUGAUCUGGAUUUCUGGUUUUGCGACCUGGUGUAGGGAUUCUCAGGAAACGGAGACAGGAGGGGACGGAGGAGGAGGCAAGGGCGGAGGUUGUAGGAUACGAUACUUGUACGGCUUAAUGGAUAUUCAACAUGUCA